AUGCUUGAUAGAGAAAGUGAGUCUCAGUAUUUUCUCUGGGUGAAAGCUAUUGACCUGGACAAUGAUAUUGAACCAGACCCCGUCCGGCAGAGAUCCAGCAUUGCUAUGGUCACAGUCUACAUUCUGAAUGUGAACGAUGAACCUCCAGUCUGUAGGCCACCCUAUUAUAGCAAACCUAUAUACUCUACUAUUAAAACACCCAUCUUGCAGUUGAAUUGCUCAGACAAAGAUUCUCCCCCUCAUCAGCUCAGCUACACUAUUGUGGGAGGCAAUACCCAUUCUCGUUUCAAACUUCAGAGAUUAGGCUCUGGCUUACCUUCUUUGAUGACGACACAGAACUUCCAGUAUGAUGUGUUUCGAGGAAUUCAGGAUCCCACCACAUUUCAGCUGCUGAUAGAAGUGGCUGAUGAACUGCAUGGCAGUUUAGCUCACCGCUUGUCCACAACAGCAACUGUAAUACUGCAUGUGGUUCCCUGGAAAACAACCAGGCCUUCAACCACCACAAAAACAACCACAACUGCCGCUACCACCUCAGUGCUGAUUCAGACUUUAUAUUAUUGGCAUCCCGAAAACUGGUUUCCUGUUGUCCUAACUAUAGCAGCAGCCCUCCUAUUGAUGUGCUUGUAUAUGGCAGUGUGGGGUUGCUUCAAAGAGUAAGGACUCCUUCAGUUUUGUUGACAGCUCAGAGGAGA